GCUGACUGCUGCAGCUAGAGUGGACUCAGAGAAAGACAUAGACAUAUCAAGUGUUUGCUCAAAACUGUCAUGCGUGGAAUGACUUAAUUGUGUUGUUCUAUAUGUGACAGCAGUCUCCAGUAUCAAACUGAGAUCGAGUCUUCGGGAGAAAGAAGGUAUCUCCACACGAUACAUUUUACGAGGGCCUUAGGUAAAUACACAUUGUAUCAAAAACGUUUUAUACGAACACUGUUGCUUCUAGCCACUGGAAAGCAAGUACAUUGUGAAACUUUUGCUCUGUUUAGGUGCUGGAGGUUCGGUGAGCAUGUUACAAUACAGCAACCUGGCAUUAAGAGUCGUGACUGGUACAUGUAAACGGAUAAGCCAUUCUGUGUUCACGUUAUCUCUCGGUUGCUGUUCUUAUUUGCAUAACGGAUUCGGUCUGUGCUCUGCGCAGGCCGCCAUAACAGCCGUCUCGCACAGUAUGUUUACAGACAGUGAAAGCAUUUUGUGUAUUACGUAACUUUGUUGAUGAUGCGAAAACUCGACAGCAAACGACAUCUUUUGCUUCUUGGCGAUUCUGGUUUGAUCCGACGAGCUACUGAUUGAUACCAACAUUGGUAUCAGAAUGUGGGUAAUCGAUGCAACGUGGCGACAGUAUAGCAGUGAUCAAAUUGCCCAGACGUCGAUGACACAUUGAUGAAAGCAACACGAAGGUAUGAAAAUCGUCACGGUAGGGUGUACUACGUCACUAACUCACGGUUACCGCAAGGAGCUGUGUCAUUUUUCUCUUUGAGGCCAACCGGAGGUGCCGUUACCUUUCACACGCUAGUCAUCGAACAGAGCAAACCCGUCAACAAACCAGCCGAGAAAAUCACACAAUGAGCCUCGUGCAACUUUCACCGUGUACGCUGGACGCUUCUUUGGCGUCAGGCAGUUUCCAGUGACAUUAAUCAACAAGUCAGUUUGGUGUACAUUUUUAUUUCCUUUACUGGAUACCAAUCCGUCACACAGUCUUUGUGGGGGCACCGUUAAACAGCAAAACGGCCAAAUUGUAGCUAACAUAAGCAGCAAUUAGAACAUUCUGCAAAGCAUUACACGAAAUCAAGGCAUGCAAGGCAACAUACGCUGGCCAGACAAUUUAUUUUUGACACCAUUCGGAUCAUGUUGUGUGCCAAACUGCAGUCUUUAAUCCAUCAAAACGACGUGCACGAUGCCCGAGUAACGAAGGAGAAUUGCUGUUUUGGUGCAAACGAACUGCGGGAAUGUUUAUAGUUAUACUUGCAUAUCUCACUACCGAUUAGAAAACUCGUUGGAGGCAGCUAAUUUUCUGCUGUAAUUUGCUGACCAGCACGACAGACAUACAUCUUGAGAAUAUCUGUGUGCCCGUUGGAAAUGGUGAGAAAUGCGUCCUACAACUUCACAAAUGUCACCCUAGUUAUUUAUCACAGGUGGUUGAGUCGCAAAAAAAUUUCCAAUUCACACACUGUGAUAACAAUAUUCUACGUGUGUACGUAGGCCUAUAUCAAGGCUAAAUCAUGGCUACCAUAGAUUUCAGCACUACGGAAGCUUUCGUCACCGAACCUGACACAACUCUGGAUAAUGCCAACAGUACAGCACAGAGUGACGACACUCCCUUUACCACAUGGGAAAUACUUCUGCAGGUUCUUUACGGACUUAUCGGUAGCUUAGGAAUUCUGGGCAAUGGAUUGGUGUGCUUCGUGUUCAUUGCUAAACGCAAGUCUUUCGGCUCGAUAACAAACCUGCUGAUCUUAAAUCAAUCGUUAAUUGAUUUGGGAGACUCUAUUCUGUUCUUAGCGAUACGGUUCGGAUAUGUCGCGCCAUUCAAUGACGUCACAGUGUGGGGAGAAGUUGUUUGUCGCUUAUGGAUUUCUGAAUAUUUCAUGUGGGCCCUAUUUAUCGCUUCGACUGUUAACUUAGUAUUCGUAUCCCUGGAGCGAUACCUGGCAAUAUGCCAUCCAGUUAAACAUAGGAAUAUCUUCACCAAACGAAUAGCCAAAUUCGGAAUGGCCCUUGUGUGGAUUAUUGGGUUGACAUAUCAAGCGUACUGGCCGUUCAUACAGUUCUACGCAGAGGGAGAGUGUUACCCUCUUUGGCCAAGCGUAAUCCUGCAGAGAAUCAUGGGAGUUGUGCUGUUCCUUUGUGAGUUUCUCAUCCCUCUGAUCAUCAUGACAUUCUCCUAUAUCAGAAUUAUUAUGGUGUUGAGAGGGCGUGGCAAUGGCAAGAUAAGCAACACAUUUCAGCAGGCCAAGAAGAACGUCACCACUACUCUUUGCCUCGUUUUCAUGUCUUACGUAAUUUGCUGGACUCCAACUGAGUUCACAUUUCUCCUUUUUAACUUAGGCAGAGAAUAUGACUUUACAAGCACAACACACAAAGUAGUGACAGUAAUGGUCUUGUGCAACAUGUGCGUGAAUCCAUUCAUUUACGCCUUUAAAUACGACCACUUUAAGAAACAUGCAAAGAGAAUGUUUUGCCGGUGUUGCCGUAGCAACAAGGUUGAAACCGAAAACUCUAUAGCAACCGUGGACGUUAAUGCCAUUUCCUCUCAUCCCCAGUGAUGUGUUACUAUUACGACACCUUAUCAGGUCACAAUAAAUGGUUAAAGUCAGAACACGUGAUCGAAAACAGACACAAAUUGAAAAUGAUACCAAAAGCUUGAAACAUUAAGCUUUGCUUUCCCAAGUAAAUCGCACUUUAAGACAAGAAUCAGGAGAAUUUACAUGAUCCUUUUGUUAGUGUAAGUAUAGAAAAAGACAU